CAAAAUGUACCGAAAUUUGUGACCACAAUUUUUGUAAUAAUAAUAAAUAAAUAAAUGUUUACCACAAAAACCGUUAUCAUCAUCAUUGUCAUCAUAAAUGUUGGCCAUCUAAUGGUGGCCAAAACAUCGGCAACACUGGACUUGUUUUGCAACCGAAAUCGAUCGGAUCUGUCAAUUGAUGCGGCACUUAGCGAACUGCCGCGAAAUCAACAGCCAAUGGUCAAACUGUUUAUCGGUGACCAGUAUUACGAAUUCUGGAUUGUCAACGCAUCCAGGUUACGAUUUUCGGGGCAAAAACCUCUGGCCAGUAUAGUAACAUCGGGUUCGGCAGUGGUUAGGGCACCGAUAAACAUAUCUUUCUAUAUGGACGACAACUAUGAAGAGUUUCGUUUGAUUAAUACAAUUACUGGCCAGAUGUGGAAUAUAUUCAGAAACGGUACCUUAAAUCGGGAGGUCAUUAACAACAAAGAGAUCUAUACGUUUGAAGCGAUUCGGACGACCAAAGAUGUCCGGUUAGUCCACUAUCUGGUCUACCAUAGGACCGAUCCUAAGAUUUUUGUGUCCACCUAUGACUACAAAGAGAAGUACGUUUUGAGGACAAUGAUUGACUCUAGCGACGGACAACAGAUGGUCCGAUUGGUGAAUGCGUCGACACCUGACAAGGAGACAGUCAAUAUGUUACCGGUUUAUAGACUAAAUGGACAGUUACCGACGGCAGCGUUUGUAUACAGAUAUUGGUGGCACGUGUUUGCCGGGCGCUGGUGGUGUCGGAUGAAAGUUUUUAAGCUCAAGUGGUCACCGUUCUGUCAGAUCAAAGACAUUAGCGAAUUGAUUGGCGACUGUACCGACAACGCCGCCAUCAUCACCACUCAGACGACAACCACUUCCAGUACAACUACUACUACUACGCCAUCUACCACUCAGACGACUCCCAGUACGACAUCCACAACCAUUCAGACUACGCCCAGUACGACGUCUACAACCAUUCAGACUACGCCUAGUACGACGUCUACAACUAUUCAGACAACUCCAAGUACGACGUCCACCACCACCACCACCAUUAAGACGAGUAGUAGUACGACGUCCUCAACAACAACGACUACGAGUAGUACCCCCUCUACGACAACUACUGGCCUUACAUCGACAGAGGAUAAUACGCCGCCGCCAUCGCUGCCUACAACAGUAGACAGUAUGAGUACCGAUGAUAUUACAACAAAAACAAUUGCCGACACCAACACCGACAUCGAUAAAAGUACCGAAAAGCCCGGCAGUGAUGAUGAUGACAGUACCAAAACAUUUAUAUACGUUAUAGUUGUAAUAUUGGCUAUCAUAUUAAUAGCCUGGGCACUGGUAGGUAUCGGCAUAUUAGCUGGCUAUAAGUUUUCGAAUACGGUUGUCCAAAAAUCGGACCAAAAAGCACCGCUGACUACCGAAGCUGAAUCAACUAUGCGGUCACAUUCGGCAUUGUCGGUCAUGACUGUCAACUCAAAUACCGGUUCUGUUAAUCAGUAA